AAGCCGCAAGCGCCUCUGGAACGAUAGCUCGGAGGUUUCAGGGUACUUCUGAGGCUGCGUAAAUUAGCUUGCAUAGGGGCCAAAGUCGGCGAAGACGGUGGGAGGUCCACCUAGCUGAGCGGAAGCUUGCGUUGGAGCAAAGAUGAAGGAGCUCGUUGCGUCGGACGCGCCCAAGCGCAUCAAGGGCAUUCAGUUCGGCGUGUUGUCUCAGCAGGAGAUCGUCGAGAUGUCGCAGAUGGAGGUCAUCGAUCGCAGUUUGUACCAGCAAGGGACUACUGAGAGGAAGCCGAUGGUGGGAGGGCCAAAUGACCAAAGACUAGGUAUCUGGGACAAAUCUGCCACUUGUCAGACAUGUGGACAUCACAUGUCCGAAUGCAUUGGCCACUUUGGCUACAUCAAGCUUGUCCUCCCCGUCUACCACGUUGGGUUCUUCAAGCACAUUGUCCAGAUCCUACAGAUCAUUUGCAAGAGUUGCUCGGCCGUUCUCCUGGACGAAGAAGACAGGCGCAAAUAUCUCAAAGCUUUUCGCAGACCUCAACUUGAGAAUCUGGCCCGCACACAAACCUUCAAGAAGGUCAACCAAGCAGCGCGCAAAGUGCUAUAUUGUCCGUACUGCGGUGCUCUGAAUGGGACCGUCAAGAAGGUCACGAACUUGCGCAUCGUUCACGAGAGAUUUCGAAACAAAAAGGCUGCCGAUGAGCAGCGGCAUUUCCACAAGUCCUUUGACCACAUGAUCAGCACCGGUGGCUCAGGGCCAGGCAGCGGCGGUGAAAUCAAACAACAUCUCAGCAAGGCGCAUGAGGAUCUGAAUGCUCUCAAAGUCAUGGAGCUCUUCAAGCGUAUCAGCGACGAGGACUGCGAGCUGCUCGGCUUGCGACCCGAACACGGCCGGCCAGAGGAGUAUAUCUGGCAAUACGUCUGCGUUCCUCCCGUUUGUAUCCGCCCCGCCGUUGCACAAGAGGCGAAUACGAAUGAGGACGAUCUGACUAUCAAGAUCGCUGAGAUCGUCUUUGCCAAUGCCCUUGUAAAGACGAGCAUUGCGCGAGGCGCACCAAUUUCGCAGCUGAUGGAGCAAUGGGACUUUGUGCAGACGACGGUGGCGCUCUACAUCAAUUCUGAGCAACCGGGUCUGAAUCUCGGGCCCAACCCUGGCAAACCCAUUCGCGGUUUUUGUCAAAGGCUGAAGGGCAAGACGGGCAGGUUCCGAGGGAACCUGAGUGGCAAGCGAGUAGACUUUUCGGGUAGAACGGUUAUCUCUCCUGAUCCAAAUCUCAAGAUCGACGAGGUUGCCGUGCCGGAACGGGUGGCCAAAGUGCUCACGUAUCCGGAAAAGGUGUUUGAGCACAAUAUGGGGCACAUGCGCCAGGCAGUACUGAAUGGUGCAAAUGUACAUCCUGGCGCCAACUUCAUUGUGGACGGCCGCACUGGAUUCAAGCGCAUGAUUAAGUUCAUGGCCAAUCGUGAGGACGCGGCAAAAAAUCUGAAGUAUGGCGACAUUGUCGAGCGGCAUAUCCGAGAUGGCGACAUUGUUCUCUUCAACCGUCAGCCUUCACUGCACAAGCUGUCCAUCAUGAGCCACCGCGUCAAGGUCAGACCGUGGCGCACGUUUCGCCUCAACGAGUGUGCUUGCAACCCUUAUAAUGCCGAUUUUGACGGCGACGAGAUGAACAUGCACGUUCCGCAGACGGAGGAGGCGCGCACAGAAGCGACGAUUCUUAUGGGCGUCAAGCACAACCUUGUCACACCGCGUAAUGGUGAACCGCUCAUUGCCGCCAUCCAAGAUUUCAUCACUGCGUCUUUCCUCAUUUCUAACCGCGAUCGCUUCUUCGAUCGCAAACAAUUUGCGCAAGUCUGCAGCACGUUCGGCGAUGCGACGAUGCACAUCGACAUUCCUCAGCCGGCGAUCUUGAAGCCUGUGCGCCUAUGGACAGGAAAGCAGGUUUUCAGCUGCCUCAUCCGCCCGAACAAGAAAGAGAGAAAUGGCAAGCAGGUAUUGGUUAAUCUCGAAGCCAAGUGUAGGACUUUCGAGAAGCCGAACGAGGGCUACAUCGACGAUAUGAGCCCAAACGACGGGUAUCUCGUCAUCCAGAACUCCGAAGUCAUGUGCGGCGUGAUGGACAAGGCGACAGUUGGCGAUGGCAAGAAGAACAGUGUUUUCGGUGUCAUGCUUCGCGAUUAUGGCACAGAUGUUGCGAUUGAAGCGAUGAAUCGACUUGCAAAGAUGUGCGCUCGCUGGCUUGCCAACCAAGGCUUCUCGCUCGGUAUCAAUGAUGUUAUGCCGGGUCACCGCCUGCGGACCACCAAGGACGCAAAAGUUGAGACAGCGUACACAAAGUGUUUGGAUCUCAUCGAGAAGGCCAAGGUGGGGAAAUUAACCAAUUUACCCGGAUGCGACCAAGAGCAGACGCUCGAGUCGGAGAUCUCCGGUGUCCUGAGUGACGUUCGUGGUGAUGUUGGCAAGAUCUGCAUGACCGAGUUGAGCAGGCACAAUGCGCCACUGGUCAUGGCUGUCUGCGGUAGCAAAGGCUCGCAGAUCAAUGUCGCACAGAUGGUCGCAUGUGUUGGUCAACAAAUUAUCGCAGGCAGUCGUGUACCAAACGGGUUCCAGGAUCGCUCUCUACCCCACUUCGCUAAGAAAUCCAAGGAUCCACCUAGCAAGGGAUUUGUGCGCAACAGCUUCUUUAGCGGUCUCACUCCCACCGAAUUCCUCUUCCACGCUAUCUCGGGUCGCGAAGGUCUGGUCGACACGGCUGUCAAGACGGCUGAGACGGGGUACAUGGCGCGUCGACUGAUGAAGGCGCUCGAGGACCUCAGCACCCAUUAUGACACGAGCGUGCGCAACUCCGUCGGCGGUGUUGUUCAGUUCAUCUACGGAGACGACGGCCUAGAUCCCGCCGAGCUGGAAGGCGACGCUUUGCCGGUCGAGUAUCAGCGCUCAUGGAAGCAUGCCAAGGCCAUCACCAUGCAUAUGCCCGGGCGUGGGCUCAUGCCAUACGAGAUCAAGGAGUUUGUCGACCGCGAGCUGGCGAGCUCGCGUUUCACGAAGGAGACGACUGAGAUGUACAGGCAGCAGAUCAGGGGCUUCAUCAGCGAGCACGUUGUGAAAAAAGCUGCUGCGAUUAGAGAGGCGCAUGGGCUUUAUCCUGCAGAGGAUAGAGAGGAGGAAUGGGACGAGGACACAGAUUUGACCAUGGGCGCAGAUUACGAAUCUCGCGUCGUGGUCGACAACAAGACAAAGAUCAAGGAAGUCAGCGUGAAAGAGUUCCUCGACUUGUGCUGGGUCAAGUAUAUGCGCGCCAAAGUGGAGCCAGGAACUGCUGUGGGGGCUGUUGGCGCCCAGUCAAUCGGAGAGCCAGGAACUCAAAUGACGCUCAAAACUUUCCAUUUUGCUGGUGUUGCAUCGAUGAACGUUACCCUUGGUGUACCGCGCAUUAAGGAAAUCAUCAAUGCGGCCAAGGUUAUCAACACACCCAUCAUUGAAACAAAACUGGUAUCCGAGAGCAGUGAAGCAGCUGCGCGCAUCGUCAAAGGUCGAAUCGAAAAGACAUACUUAGCGGACGUCACAUCCGUCUUCGAGGAAGUAUGGGACAAAGAUUACGCUUUCAUCGGUGUCCACAUCGAUAUGGAUACCAUCCGCAAGCUGCAACUGGAGAUCAGCCCGUGGCAAAUCGCUCGAGCCAUCCGACGCGCGCCACGACUGCGCCUCACCGAGGAGCGCGUGCAGUUGAUCGAGAGCCGCAAUCGCAUACGCAUCUACGUGGACCGGAACGACGAGAACUCGUACAACUCCCUCAAAACACUCAAACGUGAGCUCGGCAAGAUCGUCAUCUCGGGUAUCACGGAGUGCAACAGGGCGGUCGUGUCGAACGACAAGGGCGUUUUCAAGAUCCUUGUCGAGGGCUACGGCUUUAAGCAGGUCAUGACAACACUUGGGGUCGUCGGCACACAUACGCAGACCAAUCACGUCAUGGAUAUGCGCAGCAUUCUCGGUAUUGAAGCAGCCCGCACAUCUGUCUUUAACGAAAUUCAGACGACAAUGAAGUCCCACGGCAUGAGCAUCGAUCCUCGUCACGUCAUGCUCCUUGCUGACAUCAUGACGUACAAGGGCGAGGUGCUCGGCAUCACCCGUUUCGGUGUAGCCAAGAUGAAGGACAGCGUGCUGAUGUUGGCCUCGUUCGAGAAGACCACCGAUCAUCUCUUCGACGCCGCUCUGUUCGGUAAGACCGACUACAUCGAGGGCGUCAGCGAGAGCAUCAUUAUGGGCAAUCCAGCCAAAGGAUUGGGCACAGGUCUUCCUGCGCUUGUGAGCGCCCAGCCUUCCAUUCCACCACCCCGCAAGCUUCUCUUCGACCGGUAAAUGCUGAGAAGCAUGCCGUACUGUACCAUAUCGC